AUGGAAUAUAAAGAUAAAAUUAUAAAUAUUUUGAAUCAGGGUGGAGAUGGAACUGUCAGUGGUUUGAAAGAUGAAUUUGAUCUCACUGUCUAUUUGUUGCAUCUUGCUACUGUAGAGAGUGGUUGGUCCUGCAUUGGAAUCGAAGAGAGUGCAAAGGAUACGAAUAAGAAUGAUUCCAACAACAAGCCACCAGCAGGUUGGAAUGCUAACAAGGAUGCAUUCACAUUGGUCUACAAAAAUAACAAAGAUCCUGCUGUCACAUUCGUCUUGAAGUGUCUUAGAAUCGGACAUACUCUACUUGUUAACGCAAUGCAACACCAUAGUCCAGCUAAAAUAUAUACAUUAGAUAUUGAUAUUACACAACUUGUUAAUCCAUCGUUCAAACUAAUGGCAAACUAUAAGGAUGCAUUCAAACAUUUAGAUCAGCUUUUAGCAUUAUAUGAGACUUCGAUUUUGGUCAACGUAGCACCAGAUUCACCACUGAAGGAAUCGUCACAUUCCGCUUCGUCGUCACAAUCGAGAAGACAUCCAGAGCAAGAGCACUCAUCAACACAUAUGGAUCACCCACCCCAAUCGCAUAAUCCACCACCGAUGGUUUCACCGGUUGGUGGCGGUGGCAUUGGAGGAUAUCCAUUGGGAGGUGGAAGACCUCAAUUUAGCACAGGCGACUCUGACCUCUACCCAACUGGUCUACCAAAUCUUCCAAACAUGGUGGGUGGUGGUUCAUUCCGUCCCAACUUCCCUGGCGCCGGUACUAGCAUUGGACCAAAUCACCCAGGAUUCGGUAGAGUUCAUUUCCCGCACGGUGAUGACAGUAGCGGACUGCCAUUUGGUGAAAGAUUGCCCAGAGGUGCAGUGCCACCAGGAGCUAGAUUCGAUCCAUUCGGUCCACCAGGUUCGAAGCCAUCCGGUCGUCAAGGUGGAUAUGGUGAUGAAAUGCCACCUCCAGGUUUUAACGUAAAUAUCAUUGAAUAA